AUGAACUCUGAGGGCGUCCUCUCGGUGGAAGAGCUGUCAGAGCCACAGCUUCGACGCCUCGUGGCGAUUCUGCAAAUAUCUCAUCCAGACGCUAUCGCCUCUGCGAUGCUGUUGUUGGACGCCAGCAGCCCCAAAGAAGGCAACAGUGCAGCUGAAGAGAAAAAAGAAAAUUCUUUUGAUGCUACCAGUGAGUCGUCUUUGGAGAAACAAGAAACAUUGAACUCAGAAGGUGCCAGUCCCACCAAAGGAGAUCCCGACUCCAAAUUGAACAAGGAGGGUGAAACAGCACCAGAGAUUGGCAGCUUUGAAAAAAACGCAGUGGACAGGUCGUCUGUAGAAUUCACAGAGAGCGCUUCGCAGGAAGGGUUCGAAAUCACCGAAACGAAGCAGCCAGAACAAGGAACUCUCGGUGGUUCUACCAAGGCAAAAGUCGUACCUCCCGAUGAUGGAGCAUGUGCUGCUCCAGUAGAUCCAACAACAAAGCCAUCGGAUAAAGUUGAAAAUCCACCAGCUGUCUCUGAUGACGAAACUGCUGAAUCAAAAGUCGAAGAUGAUCCCAAAAAGUCCGAUCCAGCUGAUGUUCCGAAACUUGAGAUAGAUGAGGCUGAGACUGAAACUGAAAAACAAUCUGCUUCUGUUGAUCCGGAGACGGCAGUGACUUCCGUGGUUGAAGAGUCUUCAAGAGCUGACGCAGAGAGCAAAAUAUCAGGUGAUGAUACAGAGCUGCCAGGAAGUGAACCAGAGGGGCAGUCUACUGCUGAAAAUCCCGAUUCGAGGGGUCCGCCCACCGUUGAUAUCGAAGCUUCCACCACUGCAUUAGAAAACCAAUCCGCUCCUGUUGACACCAAACCAACAAGUGCCGAACAGGAGAUACAACCGACCAGUUUGGAUCCAGUGUCAUCGAGCACUACAGCAGAGGAACAGUCAACUACGGGAGACCUAGCACCGUCAUCGCAGCCGUCAGCCGACGUUGCUGCACCUUCAGAAGAACCUGCAUCGGUUUCUGAAGCAGUUGCACCGGCCUCUGGGGAAUCUAAGAAAAAGAAGAAGCGACCACCUGGGAAGAAGAGACCACCACAGCCGAAGCGAGAUACUCCCGAAGCAACCCCCAAACAAACCGACAACGCUAUGGAGGAAGAAACACCAGAAGAGGCUGCUGCUGCAAUUUCUGUCGUGGAGACAAAGAAAGAACCAGAAGAAUCUACAUCCAUGGAAGUUGAGACUGCUGAAAGCCCUCCAGUGGAGACGAAGAAAGAACCGGAGGAAUCUAAGGCCGCAGAAGUUGAGACUGCUGAAAGUUCUACGGUGGUUGCAAGGAAAGAGUUGGAGGAAUCUACAGCAGUGGAAGUGGAGGCUACUGAAAGACCAUUGGAAUCUAAGGCCGCAGCAGUGGAGACUGCUGAAAGUCCCCCAGUGGAGACAAAGAAAGGCCCCGAGGAUUCCAAAUCCACGGAGCUUGAGAUUGCGACAACUCAUCCAGUGGACACAAAGAAAGACCCCGAGGAUUCCAAAACCACCGAGCUUGAGACUGCGGCAACUCCUCCAGUGGAGACAAAAGAGCCGGAGGAAUUUAAUGCAGUGGAAGUGGAGGCUGCUGAAAGUCCUCCAGUGGAGACAAAGAAAGACCCCGAGGAUUCCAAAUCCAUGGAGCUUGACAUUGCGACAACUCCUGCAGUGGAGACAAAAGAGCCGGAGGAAUCUAAAGCAGUGGAAGUCGAGAUUGCUGAAGGUCCUCCAGUGGUCACAAAGAAUGAACCAGAGGAAUCUAAAGCAGUGGAAGUGGAGGCUGCUGAAAGUCCUGCAGUGGAGAAAAAGAAAGAACCCGAGGAUUCCAAAUCCACGGAGCUUGAGAUUGUGACAACUCCUUCAGUAGACACAAAGAAAGAACCGGAGGAAUCUAAAGCAGUGGAAGUGGAGGCUGCUGAAAGUCCUCCAGUGGAGACAAAGAAAGACCCCGAGGAUUCCAAAUCCACCGAGCUUGAGAUUGCGGCAACUCCUCCAGUGGAGACAAAGAAAGAAACCGAGGAAUCUAAAGCAGUGGAAGUGGAGGCUGUGGCAAGUCCUCCAGUUGAGAUAAAGAAAGAACCCGAGGAUUCCAAAUCCACAGAGCUUGAGAUUGCGACUGCUCAUACAGUGGAGUCAAAGAAAGACCCCGACGAUUCUAGAGCCACGGAAGUUGUCCCAAAUAAAGUUUUCCGCGUGGCCCCUGAUCCGCCGGAUUGUACACGCCCGGAGCCUCGACGGGAACUGCAGGAAUCAGUUCCAAGGAGAACAUCUUCGUUCGAUCCUCCCGAUCACAAUGAGGUCAGGGCCAUGAAAAAGGCGUAUGAGUCAAUCCCAGCAGCAGAAUCAGUAUCGGAUACAAUUGCUGAAAGUGCGGUUACCGAGGCAGAAUCUCCUCCUCCUUCAAGGACGAAUGAUCCCGAGUAUGACGCUGAACCGACACCGCCUUCCCAGACAGAACAGCCGUUCCAGGCGGAACAACCAGAAGCAACACCAUCUGAUGAAACAACUGACGAAAAGCCGAGAAAGAGACCUCCUGGCAAAAAGAGGCCACCAGGCAAAAGGCGGGAUGAACACAGCGAAGCCGAGGCGCAAACAAGCUCGCCAUCUAGCAACAAUGAACCAACGAAUACUGACGACGACAAUCAACGGAAUGACGGCAACAAUGCUGAAGCGAUUAGCCCAUCUGGUCACACGGAUCCACCUCCUGGAAACAGAAAUGACAACGCACAGGCACGAGGCAGUAUAGCACACGAAGUAAUCGCUUGGCAGUCGGAUAUCAAGGACGUUGAAACAGACGAUUCGCACUUCUUCGACGGCUAUGCUUCGACCACUCGUCACGAAGAUGUCUCAGCUGACGCAUCGUCCGAAGCCGGGUGCUAUUUAGUGUUUGAUUCGGAGGGAGGGGGCAAACUGGUACUUUACUACAGUAAGACAAGGAUUGCCCAUGCUAUUGGCUUCUACGCUCCAGGGCCGGGAUACGUUAUUCAGGGAUUUAAAUUCGCAAAAAACCAUGGCAAGGUUGAAUUGAUAAAGAACUGUGCCUCAGGGCUAACUGGGAGAAAGAACUACUACUCAGGAUGGUGUCAGUAUCUGCGGUCGGCCAAGGACUUGAAUGCGACCGUGUGGAUCUAUCCCCCAGUGGAAGGGAAGGGUCUGGCAGUUGACAUCUAUGUGUUCUUGAGGGCGUCAUUGCCGAUAUCAUCAGUCCUUUUACCCGAGAAUACCCCUUGCUGCAUUUCCGAGGUGGAAGCUGUCGCAUGCUUGCCAAAACAUGCCCAAUUCAUUGCCAACGUACGUGUCGCAUUGAGCAAAUGGAUGGAGAUGGCCAACGCGGUCGGUACAACAAUCCAAAUAUCUGAUGGCAAAAAGCCAAUUCCCAGCACGGAAGGACUCUUCAUUCCAGGCACAUCUCAGUCUCCCAAACACGACGUGCCACCCUUGUCCUCGAAUACACAAGAGACAAUGGAGAAUGCGGGGUGCUAUCUGGUUUUCGAUUCAGAAGGAGGUGGCAAACUGAUUCAGCAUUACAGCAAGACACCGGUUCCUGAGGCCAUUGGAUUCUUUGCACCUGGGCCUGGCCAACGCAUCCCUGGUUUCAAGUUCAAAAGCAACCAAGGACGCGCGGAAUUGAUUGGGAAUUGUUCUGGAGGAGUGGUUGGACGCAAAAAUUACUAUAGCGGGUGGUGCCAAUUUGUUCGAGCAGCGAAAUCAAUGCAAGGGUCAUUGCGGCUUUUUUCGAGACCAGUAGGCCAGUCCGGAUUAGACGUGGACAUCUAUUCCUACACUAACAACCCUCCAGCAGGGGAACACCAAACAGUCAAGAUGCAAGAGAACAUCAUAUACAAUAUCAACAAUAUCAAUGCAGUGGCAUGUCUCCCGAAGCACGCCGAGUUCUUUGAAGGGCUCACAAUGGACCCGACGCGAUGGGUUGAGGAAGGAAGCAAAGUCGGUGCUACUAUUCAAUUGUAG